CCCACAGGAAUCAGCCUUAUCGUGAAUCGAGCAUUGUUCGGACUGUUCUCUCCCCCUAACAGGACCCCCCCUCCUGGCCCCGCAGUGGUGGGGGAGAGAGGAGAAGAAACAAUUUGCAGUUCUCCGCUGUGAAGCCUUUUGUGUAGUGAGAUUAUGAGACAUUUUCACUACACCCGGACGUCUGGGUUCUGCAGCAUGUCCCAGGCCGCCCGAGCCCCUUCCUGAACCCUGGCCCUGUGCCUCAUUUUCCCUGCGGCCUCACUCCCCUGUGUCCUGGCAGGGGAGGAGGGAGAUGCUGUGUACAAGGCGUGCGGGGAGCAGGGCCCCCCCCGAGGAGCUGCUGGCCAUGGCUGUUGGGCCUGACCUGGUGUAUGUGCAUGUGCAGUGCUGUCACGGGGUUGGAUGCAACAACGGCUCCUUUGUUGAGGUGCCUCGGGGGAAGCCCAAUGGGAAGCUCUGCUAUAGCUGCCGGGAGACGGGAGCAGGUGAGUGCAACAAUGAGCAGCUGCGGCCCAUGACCUGUAAGGGGGCCAUGGACCAGUGUCUAGAAGUUCAGACUACAGACUGGUACCACCCUGUGACCCUGCUCCGCGGCUGCACCAGCACCGACCUUUGCCGCUCCUGGGAGCUCCUGGGCCGCCUGCUGCUGCUGGCAAACACCUUGGUUCACUGCUGCUCUGGGAGCCUCUGCAACCGCGCAGCCUCCUGCCGGGACCCCCUGCCCCUCCUGCUGCUGCCCCUGGUGUUCCUGCUGCUGUUGGCGGGGGCCUGGAGCUGAGCAGGGGGCGGGAACCCAGGCAUCCGGGUGCACGUCUAAGGUCCAGAAGACCCAGGCAGCUGGGACAUGCACACACACAAACACAGGACCAAGCUGUCCAGGAUACACACGGACACAUAAAACUCAGGUAAUGGGCUCCAGCUCACCUGAGCCCAUUAAACUCCCAGGAAACCCAAGUGUCCAACACACACACACACACACACACACACACACACACACACACACACACACACACACACACCCCCCCCCCGGUAUGUUGCUUCAAACCCAUCUGAGCCCAUUCAGUGCCCAGGGAACCCAGGCGUCUGAGACAUGCACACACAACCCAGGUGUCCACAUCCCACACACACCGCCCCCCUACACAGAGGGGUAGAAAGCACACCCAUAUUUAUAUGGUGGGGGGGGAUUACAUUGUUGCCUCAACAACCUUCCCCCUCUCCCCCCCCAGCUGCCCUUGCCCCUGCCCCUCUUUCCGUGGGCUGCAGCCCCUGAGGGUCAACAGGGGACAGCACCAAUCACAACCUCCUUAUUUGACUUUCCUCGCCCCGCCCCCGACUUGCCCCCAACAGGGCAACAGAACCCUUUGAUAUACCCCUCAGGGGGUAACUCUGACUUCCUACCCCAUGAACAUCCCCACCCUGCCCAGCCGGCUUCUUGGGGGUGGGUCCCUCUCCCUAAUGACACAUUUCCUCAUUAGCAGGCCAGACAUUUGCCUCCUGCCCCUGCUAACGAACCCCUGUGGCCAUCACGGGGGAGGCUGUGCAGGAGCCAGGGGCGUCCAGCAGGGGGACAGUACCCUUGGGGCUCCCUCUUGUUGGGAGCCCCUGUUGUUGGCACUGUAGUGCAUAUCCCAUUUGGGGGGGUGGGGGGUGCCCUGCAAGCAGGAGAAGGGAUUAUGGCUCUCUGGGAAUCCAGUGAAUCUUCCUGGCCCAGAUCCCUGCGGAGCAAUGGGGUUCCUGAUUGGUGGGGACCAGGAUCUCCCCUGUGCCAUCCCAGUGCCAGACACUGGAUGUACUGUACUUCCAAAAUCAGAUGCCUUCCCCAGGUGCCAGGAGAUGAACGAAGCCCAUCCUAACACCUGUCAAUUAAUUACUUAAUUAAUUACCCAUCACUGAAGUGAACCUGAAUCUGUGGAAAAGGCUCAUUCCUAAAAAUUCAAAAGAAAUAUUGUUGGUCGUCAGCAAGCGGCUGGGAGAAAGGAAGUCUUGUGGUGCUCUGGCCAUCAAUCAGUCAAUCAUCCACCAAUCAAUCAGUCAAUCAAUCAAGAGCCUGGAAUUUGGUCCAAAAGCUGCAGUGUAUUUGAUGGACAUGUUAUUUCUAGUGAACAGAUCCCGGCAAUUAACAGAAUAUGAUUAUCUUUACUGUUGUUAUGUUGGUGCUACCAUCAUCAUUAUUACUGUUAUUAUCAUUAUUAAUAAUAAAUAAUAAUAACAAAA